AUGAAUCUCUCGAAAGCCACCUCUAUAAAGAUUGCCUCGUUGCAGGCCAAGCUGAAUCAACAACUAGGACCUGAAUAUAUAUCGACUCGACCAGGGCCAGGAGGAGGUCCCAAGCUUGUGUAUGCGGAGGGAUGGAAGAUUAUCAACCUUGCCAACGAAGUCUUUGGCUUCAAUGGCUGGAGUUCGAAUUUAGUUAGUUUGACGACGGAUUUCAUCGACUAUAAUGAGGAGACCAGGAGAUAUUCUGUGGGCGUUACAGCUAUAUUACGGGUUACCCUCCGGGACGGUGUUUUUCACGAAGACAUUGGUUAUGGUAUCUUGGAGAAUUCGAAAACAAAGGGUCCGGCAUUAGAUAAAUGCAAGAAAGAGGCCGUCACUGAUGCCUUAAAACGGUCGCUGCGCAAUUUUGGAAAUCUCUUGGGCAACUGUCUAUAUGACAAGCAGUAUACCAAUGAAAUCGUCAAAAUAAAGGUCCCUCCAGUAUGUCUUCCCAAGUGA